UGAGCUCGUCUCACCCAUGGCUUACCUUAGAGCCAUAACGUUCUAUCUUGUUUCUUAACACACCACAGGCUCUGAAGACAUGAAUUGUCCGAGAUUGCCUCAUGACCUCAGGGUGUGUGUGUGUUGUUUUGUUGUGUGAUGUCAUCGCUGUCCACAUCAGUACCCGAUGAUUUAUGGCGAGCUGCUCAUUCUGGAUUAAAACUUCCAAGUUCUGGAUCGCUGUUAAUCUGCGAAAUGCUGGCGUUGACAUGGUGGACCCUGGUUGCUCUCUGGAUGGGAAAGUAUGUGACCAGAGCAGCAAGCAAUGGAUUGUCAGCUCAUGAGACGGGUCAGAAGGUCAGCCUGUUUUUGUCCAAUCUUCAAAAACUUGACCCUGAAUAUUUGCUAACUUCACUGUCGCAUGGGAGAGCUUUUGGUGUGGAGGCUAGGGACCGCUGGACUUCUCGGAAUAAUGGACGGCUGUCAAUGUUAGAUGAGGCGCGGGGUUUGACUUCUGGUUUUGAUGACGUCAUGCACAUGCCUGAGUUGCCCAACAGGUCGGCUGAGUAUUUGACAGACUGGACGACGAAUGUGAGCACAGGAUGCGUGCAUGACAUACUGGUGCUGGUCAGUGGCAUGGCGAGCAAGGAGUAUUGGGCACUACAGCGUAAGUUACGUCAUUGUCAAAAUAAAAUGAGUAGAACAGAGUAGGGUUAAACCUGAAAAAAUAAACGCAACAAAACAGCGAACGUGUCGGCAGAAAGCCUUCGUCACUUCUAUUGCUGCCCACAGAUACUACUUACCAGCUAAGUGCUAUUUCUUAUUUUUAUACCGUUUUUUCUGUUUUGUUCGCUGACGAAGGCUUUCUGCCGACACGUUCGCUGUUUUGUUAAGUUUAUUUUUUCAGGUUUAACCCUACUCUGUUUUACUCAUUUUAUUUUGUACUAACCUGAUUGCAGUCUCUCCCCUAAUUACCCCUACGUCAUUGUCAGUUUGCGGCCCCGGGGGAGAGGGUGGGAUGGUGCGUAUUACAAGGGAGGUCACUCUGCGCAAACAUCUCAUUUUAUAAAGUAGUCAACUUAAAAAAUGUUGCACAAAUACAUAGGAAGUUACAACCCCCCACCCCAAUAAUAAAUAAUAAAAUAUCCGAGCUGUGCGUAGUUGUAUGCAACGUGAAAUAAUGUGACAGAUAUCCAAGAAAUAGGGCACAUUGGCAAUUUCUUUUGGAGUCAAACAAUUUCUCAUAACUCGCUUCUAAAACUUAAGUUAAUGAGACAUUUAUUCAUUCACUUUUACCUAAGUUUCAGGGCUUAAAUGAUGGCUUGUCAUUCUUUAACUGCAGGUCUUUUCCAAUAUUCCUAUUCAUAAGCAACCAACUCAACUUUAAGAUAAGUCUUUAAUGUCAUUAGCAAAAAAUUUAAUGAAAUUGUCUGACUUGCUCCUUUUCUCAGCCUUGACAUCCGCCAUGUUUGAGUUAUGUUGUUACAACUUCUGAUGGUUCGAUAAAAUGAGAAAGUCCUUCCACUAUUUCAGUGCUGGACUCCUGGGGCAAGCCUGGACCAUCACUCCUGGAAGGAAGGCUCAACCUGGCCGGCAACUACAGGCAGUGUCACGGUGUCCGGUGGCCGUCCAGUGGCAAUGGAAGCAAGGGCAACUACUGUGUGAUGAGAUUAUCCGUGAACAAGUGGCUGGUAAAAUAAUUUUAUGUUCUUUUGAGUCUGUACUUGACUAAUUGCUAACUUGAUGGCUUAUUUAAAACAUGCUUCAUCUGUUGCUAGUCUUUGUGUAAAUUUUAUCAUCUUAAAUGUCAAAAGACAUGUGUAAUAUUCCUCAUCAUCAUCAAGAACAUGUUGAAUGUGUUAAUAUGAUAUUUCCACCAGAGCCAUAUGUUAAGUGGUUAAUAUAAUAUUCCCAUUAGUACCAUAUAUUGAGUUUGUUAAUAUGAUAUUCCCAUUAGCACCAUAUAUUGAAUGUGUUAAUAUGGUAUUCCCAUUAGGACCAUAUAUUGAAUGUGUUAAUAUGGUAUUCCCAAUAGGACCAUAUAUUGAAUGUGUUAAUAUGGUAUUCCCAUUAGGACCAUAUAUUGAGUGUGUUAAUAUGAUAUUCCCAUUAGGACCAUAUAUUAAGUGUGUUAAUGUGAUAUUCCCAUUAGGACCAUAUAUUGAGUGUGUUAAUAUGAUAUUCCCAUUAGGACCAUAUAUUAAGUGUGUUAAUGUGAUAUUCCCAUUAGAACCAUAUAUUAAGUGUGUUAAUAUGAUAUUCCCAUUAGGACCAUAUAUUAAGUGUGUUAAUAUGAUAUUCCCAUUAGGACCAUAUAUUAAGUGUGUUAAUAUGAUAUUCCCAUUAGGACCAUAUAUUGAAUGUGUUAAUAUGGUAUUCCCAUUAGGACCAUAUAUUGAGUGUGUUAAUAUGAUAUUCCCAUUAGCACCAUAUAUUGAGUGUGUUAAUAUGAUGUUCUCAUUAGGACCAUAUGUUGAGUGUGUUAUAUGAUGUUCCCAUUAGGACCAGAUGUUGAGUGUGUUAUAUGAUGUUCCCAUUAGGACCAUAUGUUGAGUGUGUUAUAUGAUGUUUCAUUAGGACCAUAUAUUGAGUGUGUUAAUAUGAUAUUCCCAUUAUUACCAUAUAUUAAUUCAAUAUGAUGUUCUCAUUAGGACCAUAUUAUGUUGAGUGUGUUAUAUGAUGUUCCCAUUAGGACCAUAUGUUGAGUGUGUUAAUAUGAUAUUCCCAUUAGGGCCAUAUAUUGAGUGUGUUAAAAUGAUGUUCCCCUUAGGAACAUAUAUUAAGUGUUUUAAUAUGAUAUUCCCAUUAGUACCGUAUAUUAAGUGUGUUAAUAUGAUAUUCCCAUUAGGACCAUAUAUUAAGUGUGUUAAUAUGAUAUUCCCAUUAGUACCGUAUAUUAAGUGUGUUAAUGAUAUUCCCAUUAGUACCGUAUACUGUGUUAAUAUGAUAUUCCCAUUAGUACCAUAUAUUAACUGUUUUAAUAUGAUAUUCCCAUUAGUACCGUAUAUUGUGUUAAUAUGAUGUUUCCAUUAGGACCAUAUAUUAAGUGUGUUAAUAUGAUAUUCCCAUUAGUACCAUAUAUUAAGUGUGUUAAUAUGAUAUUCCCAUUAUUACCGUAUAUUAAGUGUGUUAAUAUGAUAUUCUCAUUAGUACCGUAUAUUAAAUGUGUUAAUAUGAUAUUCCCAUUAGCACCAUAUAUUGAGUGUUAAUGUGAUAUUCCUAUUAGGACCAUAUAUUAAGUGUGUUAAUGUUAUUCCCAUUAAGACCAUAUAUUAAGUGUGUUAAUAUGAUAUUCCCAUUAGUACCGUAUAUUAAGUGUGUUAAUAUCAUACUCCCAUUAGUACCGUAUAUUGUGUUAAUAUGAUAUUCCCAUUAUUACCGUAUAUUAAGUGUGUUAAUAUGAUAUUCCCAUUAGUACUGUAUAUUAAGUGUGUUAAUAUGAUAUUCCCAUUAGUACUGUAUAUUAAGUGUGUUAAUAUGAUAUUCCCAUUUGGACCAUAUAUUGAGUGUUAAUAUAAUAUUCCCAUUAGGACCAUAUAUUAAGUGUGUUAAUGUUAUUCCCAUUAAGACCAUAUAUUAAGUGUUUUAAUAUGAUAUUCCUAUUAGUACCGUAUAUUAAGUGUUUUAAUAUGAUAUUCCCAUUAGUACCGUAUAUUGUGUUAAAUGAUGUUCCCAUUAGGACCAUAUGUUGAGUGUGUUAAUAUGAUAUUCCCAUUUGGAACAUAUAUUAAGUGUUUUAAUAUGAUAUUCUCAUUAGUACCGUAUAUUAAGUGUUUUAAUAUGAUAUUCCCAUUAGUACCGUAUAUUGUGUUAAUAUAAUAUUCCCAUUAGGACCAUAUGUUGAGUGUGUUAAUAUGAUAUUCCCAUUAGGAACAUAUAUUAAGUGUUUUAAUAUGAUAUUCCCAUUAGUACCGUAUAUUAAGUGUGUUAAUAUGAUAUUCCCAUUAGUACCAUAUAUUGAGUGUUUUAAUAUGAUAUUCCCAUUAGUACCAUAUAUUGAGUGUUUUAAUAUGAUAUUCCCAUUAGUACCAUGUAUUAAUUGUGUCAAUAUAAUAUUCCCAUUAGGACCAUAUGUUGAGUGUGUUAAUAUGAUGUUCCCAUUAGGACCAUAUGUUGAGUGUGUUAAUAUGUUCCCAUUAGGACCAUAUAUUGAGUGUGUUAAUAUGGUAUUCCCAUUAGGACCAUAUAUUGAGUGUGUUAAUAUGAUGUUCCCAUUAGUACCAUAUAUUGACUGUGUUUAUAUGAUAUUCCCAUUAGGACCAUAUAUUGACUGUGUUUAUAUGAUAUUCCCAUUAGGACCAUAUAUUGAGUAUGUUAAUAUUGUAUUCCCAUUAGGACCAUAUAUUGACUGUGUUUAUAUGAUGUUCCCAUUAGUACCAUAUAUUGACUGUGUUUAUAUGAUAUUCCCAUUAGGACCAUAUAUUGACUGUGUUUAUAUGAUAUUCCCAUUAGAACCAUAUAUUGAGUGUGUUAAUAUGGUAUUCCCAUUAGUACCAUAUAUUGACUGUGUUUAUAUGAUAUUCCCAUUAGGACCAUAUAUUGACGGUGUUUAUAUGAUAUUCCCAUUAGGACCAUAUAUUGAGUGUGUUAAUAUGGUAUUCCCAUUAGGACCAUAUAUUGAGUGUGUUAAUAUGAUAUUCCCACCAGGACCAUAUGCUGAAUGUGUUUGCGAAGACGUCGCUUGUUCAACUCGGCUCUUGCUGGCCAGACUCCUGUUCUGAAUUUGACAUUGGUCAACUUUUACAGUACGGUCAGUGGUCAUCAAGUGCUUAAAACAUCUUGUCCAAAGACUCCUCCUCUACUUUUCUCUUAUAACGAAUCUGAUGUAAGCGCCGUCCUAUAAAUGAUGUCAUCAUUCCCCAUUUGUAGGAACCUUUGAUUUAUUGGUUUAUAAUUGAGCAUCUCUCCAAAGUGAAGAUUUAAGUUUAUGUCCAUAAUUCUACUUUUAAUACGUUUUGACUUGUAUCACUUUAAGUCAUUUUAUUUUCCAUAGUCCUAAAAAUUCUGAACCUGACGUCAAAUUUCAAUUCUGCGGCUGCAGAUUGUCGAACUGACCAUAGAGAAAUUACAACAGCCACCAUAGCUUCUAUGUAAGUUUGUUGGAAUGUAUGUAUGUGUAAUAAUUUGGGUGAGGGCCAGAGUGGGAUUAAGUGGAAGUCAUGUACACAGGAAUCAUGUACACAGGAGUCAUGUACACAGGAGUCAUGUACACACGUAUGAACAUAAUGGAUCAGACUCUUGUAUUUAUUAUUUGAAAUGUUUCUUAUGUCAAGCUGGAUACAGAAAUUUACUGUUACAUAGUAAAAUGAUUGCUACUAAAUAGUUACUGGACAUUUCAGAGUGAUUGCUUCAAUCAUUGGUGGAUUGUUGCUGUUUGGAACGAUCUUUGACCUCAUCUUUGUCUUUCGGCGGCACCAAGUAAGGGAUACACCUCAUGAGACAACAAUUACAGAUGGAGGAUCCAUGGGCUUUCCCAACCAGAUCUGCAGGAUUGACGACGCUAACAUGGAUCAAAAUGGGGUCAACCACACCUACCAGACAGAUCAAGAAAGUAGUGACCAGAUCAAUGAGCCCAACUUGACCUCCUCAUGGGCUGACCAUGUUAUCAGUGGGGUCAGCCGAGCCUCACUGCUAAACCAGGCAGGUUGUCACCAGGUUAGCACAGACAACUUGACCACCUGUUGGACUGACCAAGAAAGCAAUGAAGAGACCAAUCAGACCAUCUCACUGAUUGAAACAGUUGACUGUCACCAGGUAACCAAAGACAGAGACCAGGUGACUAGCUGUGCAGACCAGGAAACCUUGAGCCAGGAUGCACAGACCAAUGAUCUAGACCAGACAACCUAUAGUCUAGAUCAGGAGACCUACAGCCAGGAUAAGAUGACCAAAACCAACCCUGUAGAUGUUUCCCAACCCCUAGUAGAGACCAAAGCAGCACAGGAAGAACAAAUAUCCCAUGGUAUUUAGAAGUCUCUAAGAAUAGUUAAUAAUUAAUUUCAAUGACAUUUCAUGGUGAAGUAGUUUCUUACUGCUAGGAAAAGAGAAUUUGUAAGCCCUUUGAGGAAAUAAUAAACUAGCAAAAUUAUCCUUUAAUUCUGAAAUGUCUUCCUGAUGAACCUCUUGACAGAAUUACCUUCUUGAACAUUAAUCCUGAUAUAAUGACAGAAUUGCCUUCUUGACCAUUAAUCAUGUUAGAAAGACAUAAUUACUUUCUUGACCAUUGGUCCUGUUAGAGUGACAGAAUUACUUUCUUGACCAGUGGUCCUGUUACAAUGACAGAAUUACUUUCUUGACCAGUGGUCCUGUCAAUGGACAGAACUACUUUCUUGACCAGUGGUCCUGUUACAAUGACAGAAUUACUGUCUUGACCAGUGGUCCUGUUACAAUGACAGAAUUACUUUCUUGACCAGUGGUCCUGUCAAUGGACAGAACUACUUUCUUGACCAGUGGUCCUGUUACAAUGACAGAAUUACUGUCUUGACCAGUGGUCCUGUCAAUGGACAGAACUACUUUCUUGACCAGUGGUUCUGUUAGAAUGACAGAAUUACUGUCUUGACCAGUGGUCCUGUUACAAUGACAGAAUUACUUUCUUGACCAGUGGUCCUGUUACAAUGACAGAAUUAUUUUCUUGACCAGUGGUCCUGUCAAUGGACAGAACUACUUUCUUGACCAGUGGUCCUGUUACAAUGACAGAAUUACUGUCUUGACCAGUGGUCCUAUCAAAGAACAGAAAAACCUUUUUGACUAAUGGUCCUGUGAUAACAGAAUAACUUUCUUGAACAUUUUACGAUCAAAUAUUUGAUCAAUAUAACAUGUCUCCAUCAUCUACUAUAAAUUAUAACAUUUCCUUAAACUGCUAUAAAUUAUAACAUUUCCUUAAACUGCUAUAAAUUAUAACAUUUCCUUAAACUGCUAUAAAUUAUAACAUUUCCUUAAACUGCUAUAAAUUAUAACAUUUCCUUAAACUGCUAUAAAUUAUAACAUUUCCUUAAACUGCUAUAAAUUAUAACAUUUCCUUAAACUGAUAUAAAUUAUAACAUUUCCUUAAACUGCUAUAAAUUAUAACAUUUCCUUAAACUGAUAUAAAUUAUAAGAUGUCUCCUCCAGGUUUCCUGGUGGACUUGUUGCUGACAUUCUCCGUGUACACCAACUCAUUCAAACUACUCAAAAGUUCACAGCCGCCAGGUUCCUUGACAGCUGUCAAUGGCAUUAGAUUUAUCAGUAUGUCAUGGAUUAUACUUGGUCAUAUGUACUCUUAUGGUGUGGAACAAUUUGGUGAGCCCACAUCAUGUCAUCUAAAUACCAUCAGCAUAUCUUCUUUAUGACACCUGUAUGUCAUCUGUAGGCCAUAAAUUGUACCAAUCAAAAUUACAUUUUGCAGACUGAGCAACUUUCAUUGGACAAAUAUUUCAUUAUAAAGUUGAUAUUCAGACUGGAUCGGAAUUGAUCUUGUUGUGUCAUUGUGUUUUUGAUCUGAGAAAAGGUGUUUAGCUGUGUUAACUAUAUGAUGUAACUUUGUUAGAUGGUGUUUAGCUGUGUUAACUAUAUGUUGUAACUUUGUUAGAUGGUGUGUAGCUGUGUUAACUAUAGGUUGUAACUUUGUUAGAUGGUGUGUAGCUGUGUUAACUAUAUGGUGUAAUGUUGUUAGAUGGUGUGUAGCUGUAUAAGCUGCAUGUGUAUCUGUUAGCGGCAUGUGUAUCUGUAUUUGUAACUGUUAACUGGAUGUGUGGCUGUGUCAGCUGGAUGUGUAACUUUACAUGUAGAUUUUGACUUGGGUCAUUUAAAAUGAAUUUGUUUUGUUAACCAUCCACCAUUUUUCAAUCUUCAAUAGCAAACACACUGACUGUAUUUCCACUCCUACUCCACCGAUGGACAUCUGAUGUCAUCGCCAACAGUUUUGUUUCAGUUGACACAUUCUUUACCAUCAGGUAAUAUACUUUUUUUCUUUUGUGUGUGUGUGUGUGUGGCAGAACCAAGGUAGACAGUUUUUACCCCACACCACUUUUUUUUACCUAACAUUUACUUCCUCUCCAAGAAUAGCUUCUUGAAUGGGCUUCUGACUCCACACUGUUAAUAUCCCUUACAAGUAGUGGUGCCACAUUCAUUUUUAACCCUGAAUCUGUGCUGGCCUUCUUGGGUGUGGAGGGGAAAGUUCGCCCCCUGCGGUACUUUUUUCAUUAUAUUGAGGGGCUGCAUUUUCAGCCACCUGAAUAGAGAGCAACAAAAAGCUGGACCCGCCCUGGGCGCUACUAACUCUAACCCGAACCCGCCCUGGACGCUACUAACCCUAACCCCCACUGUGCGGUACUAACCCUAACUACUCCACUGAUGGCUCCUCACUUCAGCAUCCCAUAGGGAGGCACUAGAUUAGAACUCAGCAAUCAGUGUGUUGUGAGAUGAUAGCGGGUGUCUCGUGAGAUGAUGGCAGGUGUGUUGUGAGAUGGUGGCAGGUGUGUUGUGAGAUGAUGGUAGGUGUGUUGUGAGAUGAGAGCAGGUGUGUCGUUAGAUGAUAGCGAGUGUAUCAUGCAAAACGCCUCCAAGAGGAGGUGAUUCUCAUAUCAUAGUAAAUAUUAAAACUUGAUGCUACACUGGUGUAAAAGAGAUAUGCCUUAACCUAUAACCAGGCUGUCAGACACUGGGGUAAAAAAGAGUUGUUUUCGCCUAUUAUGAGCCUGUCAAACACUGGGAUAAAAGAGAUAUGUCUUAGCCAAUAACCAGGCUGACAGACACUGGGGUAACAUAGAUAUGUCCAAUAAUCCAAUUCAUAUAAAACAAUACAUUGAAAUCUUAUACCUUUCAACAUUAUAUGCCAUUGUCAAUGUUCACUGCAUCAUGUUAUUUAGUAGAUGUUUGCAUGUGAUGUGCCGUGGAAUUCUUGGAUAUGCCUGAGGUGUGCCGCACGUGAAAGAAGGUUAAUGAGCUCUGUUAAAGAUUAUACAACACAUACUGCCAUAGCAACACAAUAAAAAAAAUAAUCACAUUUAAAAUAGAGAUCAGUUUUGAUGUUCCUAUAUGUCCCCAUUGUUUGUGUUCCCAUAAUGAAUGUUCAACAUACUUGUUGUUUACCAAAUGAUCUUUACUAUUAUUGAUGUGUACCAUUACUAAUGUUUACCAUUACUGAUGUUUACCAAUAUUAAUGUUCCCAUAUUAUAUUAUGUUCCUCAUUACUGAUGUCCCUCAUUUGUUCCAUUGCCAGUGGUUUCUUGGUGGCUUAUGUAACAUUCAAGGAUGUCUUAAAAAAUGGAUGGAGAAUAAACUGGGCUCUCUUUUAUGUACACCGUUACUGGAGGUAAGUGGUAAGUGUCUAACUGGUGAGACAUUUAAGUGGUGAGAAUGGUUGGAAUGAACUGGUGAGACAUUUAAGUGGUGAGAAUGGUUGGAAUGAACUGGUGAGACAUUUAAGUGGUGAGAAUGGUUGGAAUGAACUGGUGAGACAUUUAAGUGGUGAGAAUGGUUGGAAUGAACUGGUGAGACAUUUAAGUGGUGAGAAUGGUUGGAAUGAACUGGUGAGACAUUUAAGUGGUGAGAAUGGUUGGAAUGAACUGGUGAGACAUUUAAGUGGUGAGAAUGGUUGGAAUGAACUGGUGAGACAUUUAAGUGGUGAGAAUGGUUGGAAUGAACUGGUGAGACAUUUAAGUGGUGAGAAUGGUUGGAAUGAACUGGUGAGACAUUUAAGUGGUGAGAAUGGUUGGAAUGAACUGGUGAGACAUUUAAGGUAUUUACAAUUUUAGCGUAUUAAUUAGAGAGUAUUAGUGAGUCUAUUAGGGUGGGGGAGACUGAGUGUGCUGGUGAGACUGCCAGGGAAUAGGUGAGACUUCUAGGGAAUAGGUGAGACUGUUGUAUAAAUUGAUGAACUGCUUAUAGUAUUAAUGAGACUUUAAGCUAAAGAAAUCCAGUGUAUAUAUAUUUAGAUUAAAAGCCUCACUUGUUCGGUGGUAGGGUCCUGUACUGACCUACUCUCUUCCCUACUACAGAUUGACCCCACCCUACAUCCUGACCUUGACAUUUGUGCUUGGCUUCCAGAGGUUUCUGGGAUCUGGACCCCUCUGGGAGACUGUCCAGCCAUGGGACAAGACUGACUGUGAGAAAAAUUGGUGGACCAACCUUUUAUAUCUCAAUAACCUGAUCAAUGUCCAGCACGAGGUAAGACAGUCUGGCAGGUGGUAAGACAGUCUAGCAGGUGGUAAGACAGUCUGGCAGGUGGAGCCAGUGGUUACAAGUCAAAUGUGUGCCAAGUACUGCAACUUUUCAUGGGUGUUGCAAGUAUUAAAGACUGUUUACUGUGUCAUUGUAUCUAAGACUGUUUAUUGUGUCAUUGUAUCUAAGACUGUUUAUUGUGUCUUUGUAUCUAAGACUGUUUAUUGUGUCAUUGUAUCUAAGACUGUUUAUUGUGUCAUUGUAUCUAAGACUGUUUAUUGUGUCAUUGUAUCUAAGACUGUUUAUUGUGUCAUUGUAUCUAAGACUGUUCAUUGUGUCAUAGUUGGUAUUUUGUGAAAACAUAAUUUAAAUGAAUGUUUUUCCUUCCUCUGCCUAAGGCUUACAGUAGACAUUGUGAAAUUAUUUGGUCUCAACUAUCAUUUCUAUGUCUGUCUCCAGUGUUUUGGUCACGCCUGGUACCUGGCCAAUGACAUGCAGUUUUACUUGGUCGCCCCUCUCAUGAUAAUCCCAUUUCAUAUGUAAGUGUCCAGGUCAUUUUUUGUACAAUUCUGAAUUCCAUUAAGAGAGGAAUUAAACUUGUAUUUUGGCCCAACAGUCACUCAUCGUAGUUUGCCCAACAGUCAUUCAUCGUAGUUUGCCCAACAGUCACUCAUGGUAGUUGGCCUAACAGUCACUCAUGGUAGUUGGCCUAACAGUCACUCAUUGUAGUUGGCCUAACAGUCACUUACUGUAGUUGGCUUGCUGGUUUGAGUCUUGGAUUUCAAUGUGUCCAUUAAAUGGGACUGCAAUUCAUAAUGUCAACAAAAGUAAAUGUUGUACUCUGUCUAAUUCUAGCCAUGCCCUGUCUGGUGUGGGAUCCUGUCUCAUGUUCCUACUGGUCCACUGGUUAACCACAGCCAUCCUAUCUGUCCUCAAUGACUGGCCAGCAGUUAUGGUGGGUCUGGACACUCACAUUCAGUAAGUGUGGUUUCUGUUUUGUGAUUUGCCAAGGAAAUGUAACAACUCUUUUUUUGUGUAAUGAUUUGUUUCUCCAUGUUUCCUCAGAGAAGUUUCUCCACAUUGGCUCAAACACUACUACAUUGUUCCCUGGUGCAGAAUAGGUCCCUACAUCAUAGGCAUUUUGGCUGGCUAUUACAUGGCGGUCUCCAAUGGGAAAAUGAAUCUCCGGAAGGCAAGUACAUACUCAUAUUUUAUACACGUUCAUAUUGCACAUUCAAUUGUAGACAUUUGUCCCAAAUAAACACAACUUUUUUUCAUCUCAAAUAAUGGAUGUAAAGUCAUUUUUUUAAAUAUCAUUUGAAAUCCAGGAACUGGAGAGUUUAACUUUUUAUUUUUCCUCCAACAGUCACUUACCAUAGUUGGCUGGCUGGUUGCCAUAGCAACAGGAGUGGUCAUUGUGUUUGGUCUCCGUGGUGAUAUUGGGGGAGACAAUCCUUGCAGCUUGGCUGUGGCGGCCUUUUACAACUCAAUGGCCAGGACGGCUUGGGGCGUGUGCAUAGCGUGGGUCAUCGUGACCUGUGGCUCAGGAUGGGGAGGUAAGGCUGCUUAAAUGCACCUCAUUAAGGUCAAGGUCAAGUCUAGGAGUUUGGACUCUAAAACUUUAACUCGGUGGUUCCCAAUCUUUUUGGACCCAUUUUUGGAAUCAAUUUCUAUGGGAAGCCCAUCAGUACUAUGCCUACCCUAUGUCUUACAAAUGAUUAGUAUUUAAGAGUUUCCUGGAGCGACUGUGAAGCCCAUGAAGUGCACAGGGAGCCUUUGGGUUGGAAACAACUUUUCAAAUUGAUGUGAUUGGUUGGUCUGAAAAACCUAUUUAUAGCUUUUAUCUUAACACUUGCAGCCCAAGUGAAGAUUGUCGAGAUUCUGCAUUGUCAUUUCUAGUUAUUUACCUAUUUAUUUAAAGGCUACAUGAUCUCAUUAAAUCUUCUUUAUUUACUCAAAUUAAAUUUCUUCUUCUUCAGGUCCAGUAAACACAAUUCUGUCUUGGUCACCAUUUGUCCCUCUUGGCCGCCUGACCUACAUGGCCUACCUCAUACACCCAUGUCUGACUAGAGUCUACUUUGGAAACCAUGACGUCCCCUACCUGUUGAAUGAUACCAAUUUGGUCAGUCCAUCGCUUACCUUCAGUGUUCAUCUUUUCAAAAUUUCAUGAAACAUUGUUUUAGCAUUUUCCAUUAAAAAAGUAUUGUUUUAAUGACUCUUUCUUGACAUAGUUUUUGUCAUCAUUUCCAACUCAUUAAAAAAGAAUUCUAUUUCAGGUGAUUUCUUACCUAGGCAUUCUUGUGUUCACCUACCUGACAGCUUUCUUUCUAAGUCUGGCCCUGGAGUCUCCAAUGAUUGGUUUGGAGAAGGUCAUUCUUGCUAAAUUAAAAUGUGAUCCAUGAAUUUUUAAAUUGCUAAUAAAUGCAAAUUUGAAUGUUU